AUGCUUUAUAUGGCAGCCCAUGUCUUCUUGGUAUCUUUCGCCAGCGCCGAAGGCAAGGACGGGGAGGGAAUUGUGCUGCUAAAGGACAAGCUGAGGGACAGAAACUCUUUCAUAUCUAACCAGGCAGGGUACUUGUACAACGUUGGAAGGAAGCACUUUCUUGCCUCGGAGAGAGAAGUAAUUGGAAACGGCACUGUGCCCGUAAGAGUAAGCUACGAAGUGAGGAAUGCGUCGCCGUUUAAAAUCAGAAGGGUUGUAGUGGAUGGCGGGUAUCCCAUGAAUGUACUGGAGUCUAUGGACGACCUGUUAAACACCCCAUCAAACGGCAUUUACCAUCGAGUGCUUGGCCUGAAGGAUAGAGGGUCUGCACCUGCGACCUUAAACAAGUACAAGCCAGACAGCCGGCACACCAUAUCAGUUUAUCCAGAAGUUGUGGCCAAAGACAGGGUUGUCUUUAGAAUAUUCAUAGAAGACAAAUGCAUCGGCGUUUCUGAGCACGGAACUCUUUCAAACCAGACAUGCAGAUACAUAGGAAGCCACGCCGACUACAAAAACCAGCUAUGGAUAUGGGUUCCUGCAGCCAGGUUCCAGAGAGAAACCAAAGGCAAAAAAGUCAAUGUAGAUUACGAAGCUAUCGACAAGGAGGAAACCCAAAACGGCAGGUGCAAGCCCUGUCCUCCGCCCUCCCAGGCCGCCUGCAAGAGUCAGGGCUAUAUAUCGCCCUACGACUGCCCCAAUAAAGGAAAAUACUACAAGGAAAGAAGAUGUAUCAUGCCCCCGCGGAUCCUGGAGAAGCAGAACGGCAUGCGCUACAAUUAUUACAGCCCCUAUAGACAUGGCAUAGCGCCAUCAGGAUACUACGGGGCAAUGGACAAAAUCAAGAGGUACGAUUAA